AUUUUCUUAUGUUGGUACACACGUUGUCAAAGCAAAUUCAAAUUCAAAACAAGCCUUUGAAAUAGUAACAGAUAUCGACGUUGAUUUUAUCCUGUAUUGCCCCAAUAAUUUCAUUAUUUGUGUUACUAUUUGUUAUUUUAGUGAUAAAAUGGCAGAAUUUAAAACGCCAAUCAAAAGCAAAGCUCUGGAUCGAGAUGAAACAAUAACAAUACCUCCAUCACCGUUUCUGAACCGACUUGGAUAUGGAACUGGCGUAAAUGUGAUGCAGCUAGUUAGAUCACCUCGAGCAGGACAAGUCCGUUCACCAUGGGCUCUCAAAAUGCUGAACCGACGUGUGAAACCAAACAAGGUAUACACACAUCGCUUAAAAGCUGAAGCGGAUCUAUUACGUCGCAUGUCGCACCCAAACAUUGUUGGUUUCCGCGCGUUUAGCAAUGCAAAGAUCUUGUACCUUGGCAUGGAGGCCUGUGACCUGUCUCUGGGUGAUAUGAUUGAGAAGAGAAUUGAAACUAACAGUGAGCCUUUUCUUCCUAGACAAAUGUUAAAAGUUUGUGCCGACAUAGCCAGUGCACUGGAUUACCUUCAUACAAACAUGCAAAUUCUGCAUGGAGAUAUGAAGUCAUACAACAUUCUGGUCAAUGGAGACUUUGUAAUUUGUAAGCUCUGCGACUUUGGUGUCUGUCUACCACUAGAUGAAAAUGGUGUAUUUGACAAGAGAAUGGCUGGGAAAGCUACAUACUUUGGGACCGAAGCUUGGAGUGCCCCAGAAGUGAUACAUGGUGGUGAGAUCUCCAGCAAGACAGACAUCUGGCCACUGGGGCUCACUCUGUGGGAGAUGAUGGCUCUCCUCCCACCACACACACAGACUGAAGACACUUACUUGGAGGAUGACAGUGUGCAAUGUUUGGAUGACUCCAUGGAAAGUUUGACUGAUUACUUCUCUGAUAGAUAUGGCACAAGGCCAGCUGUACCAGCAAACAUCUCAGAGAAGGUGUACAUGCAUCCUCUGGCUCUGUUCCAUUGUUGCACGGAGACAAUGCCCGCCAUGCGUCCCUCCGCUCAGCAUUUGUCUAUAGCUGCACUGGACAUGUUAGAACAGUGCGAAGCGGGAAGAUAGUCAAAUAAUAGUAUGUAUCUGACAACAAUCACCAUACAUAAGUGUACCUAACUAACUCUAAUUUUAAGGGGGAUUCAAUGUGUAGUAGCGACUACUAGAGGGCGGUAAAAUUACUCAUGUGUAUUUUACCUAGAUAUUUUAUUAAUAUGUGUAACUUGUAUUCUGUGAGUACAUGGACUGACUGUUUUUAUAAUUAUUGAC